UUCGGAGAUUUCGAAGAACUGCGCUCGCGGAAUCCACCCGUACCACCUGCUCAGCGGUUGCCGGCUAUUUGUUAAUCGAGCGCACCCGGUGUUGUGUUUUGUUGUUGUUUUCCAGCCGUGUACCGUGCUCGGCCUGUCAAACCGUGACUUCUCAGCGGACCGACGACACCGAAUAACCGGGAUGCACAUGACUAAAAAGAGCAGAAACACAAUGAAGCCCCCGAAUCAGACUCAGUCCUCUACUGUCAGCAGCCUGGUGUUUGAAGGCGUCUACAACAACGCCCGCAUGCUUCAUUUCCUCACAGCAGUCGUGGGCUCCACCUGCGACGUUCGAGUGAAAAAUGGAGCCGUGUACGAAGGAAUUUUCAAGACGCUGAGCUCACAGUGUGAGCUGGCUGUGGAUGCUGUUCAUAAAUGCAGUGAUGGAGAUGGAGGAGGAGGCGGUGAGGAAGGAGGAGGUCAGGCUCCUCCUCCAAAGAUCGAGGAUAUAACUGAAACCAUGAUCUUCAGCCCGACUGACCUCGUCACUAUGACCUGCAGGGACGUCGACCUGAACUUCGCCGUCAGAGACACGUUCACCGACACGGCGAUCAGCUCGUCACGACUGAACGGCGAGCACCGAGAGAAGGUUCUGCAGAGGUGGGACGGAGAUGGAAACGGGGAAAAUUUCGAGCUGGAGGCUGACACGUCAAACGGCUGGGACGCCAACGAUAUGUUCAGGUUCAACGAGGAGACGUACGGCGUGAAGUCGACCUAUGACUCCAGCCUCUCCAUGUACACCAUGCCUUUGGAGAGGGGGAACUCUGAGGUUUACCGUCAGCGGGAGGCGCGAGCAGCUCGGUUAGCCAAUGAGAUCGAAGGCAGCCUUCAGUACCGCCGGCGGGUUUCUCUGGAGAACGAGGAAGGCCGGAGUGAGGAGGACAAGUUCAGCUCGGUGGUCCGAGAUCGGGAGGACAGAUCGAGUCCUGGAUUCACCUCCAGCAGCAGGGAGGGUAAAUACAUCCCUCUGCCCCAGAGAGCUCGAGAGAUCGGCCUGACCGCCGGCAGGACCGGAGCCUCCGGUCGGACCACGGCGCCGGCUUCUUCCAGACACCCGCCGCCCAGCUCCUCUUCCCCCAAACCGUCCUCUGAUAGGAGCAGCCCGCUGUCCGUCAGAACCGCCUACUCUCCCCACCAAUCACAGAGCAGCCCGCCGGCGGCCAGCAGCCCUCCCUGCACCAAUCACGUCCUCCCGCACUCGCUGUCGCAUCCGCAGGCGCUCACCGACACGACGCGUUCGAACGUCAAUGGAGUUGCAUCCAGAAUGUCCCCGAAAUCCCAGAGACUUCAGAGCAACAGAACCCUGAGAACCCCGAACUCCCAGUCGUCUCCUGCAGUAUCUCGUGCUCCGAAAACAGACGCCCCUCCCCAGGACCCCCCCUUGGUCGGCCCCGCCUACCUGGACUCCUCCCCUUCCACUGUCACUACGGCAACCACCACCACCACCAAACCCUCCGGCCCCACCCCUCUCUUCCCCAUCGAUGUGAAUGAAAUCCUCAGCACAGCAGCUAAAGACCGAACUGAAAGUCUGUCCAGUCCACAAGAAGGCAAAAGCAGCAAAGCUUCCUCGGUUCAGCAGAGAUCCCAGCUAGAGGAGCUCCGCAAGUUUGGCAAAGAGUUCAGGCUGCAGUCCAGCUCGUCUCCUUCAUCCAGCCCGGCCUCUGCAGACCUUCCUCCAGACCACGCUGCUCCUCUGGUGGAGUCUUCAUCCUCCUCAUCACCCAAACCUGCACAAGAUCUGCAGCCGACUACAGAAACCACAGCUCCCACCACCUCCACGCCUGCUGCCCCUCCUCCUGCAGUGACUCCUGGGCCCCAGUCAUCCGGACCAGAGGGUCCACAGCCCGGUUCCACCCAGCCGACCCCACCAGGCAGCGGGGAGGAGGCCACUCUGGACGGCAGUGACCGAGUUGAGGCUGCGACUGUCGCUGCAGUGCAAGUGAAAAACUCGACGCUGAAUCCGAACGCAAAAGAAUUUCUUCCCAUUAAAGGAACCACAGCGAUGAAGCCGGCAUCGACCCCGACCCCGCCUCGGCCGGCACCGCCUAGCCCCUCGGUGGUCCUCCCCCCUCCAGGACAGCCAGGAGGAGGAGCCAUCUACAGCAGCCCACCUGGACACUACCUGUCCUACGUCUCCCCCAUCCCCCUGCAGGGACACUCCAUCCAGGCUCCUCAGAUGUAUCAGUAUACCAUGUCCACCGUCAAUCAGGGCAAAUACCCCCGACCCAAAGGUCCAGUCGUGGGUCCUCGUUCGGACCACCACGCCUCCCCAGCCUCCCCCAUGAUCUCAGCUGCAGCCUCGGCAGCAGGACCGCCGCUGGUGGCGUCUCCGUACCCCCAGUCCUACCUGCAGUACGGUCAGGUGAUCCAGGCCAUGCCGCCGCACUACCACGGACAGACGGUUUACUCGAUGCUGCAGGGCGGAGCGAGGAUGCUGACGUCUGGAGCUCCUCCUCAGCCGAUGGGUCCUCCUGGACCUCAGUACCCGGGUCAGGCUGAGGGUCCACCGGGGCAGCAGGCCAUGUACGCUCCUCAGUCCUUCUCCCACCACCAGGGCUCCAUCCAUCAUCCCCAGCCCUCCAGCACCCCCACUGGGAACCAGCCGCCCCCCCAGCACACGGCGCCCAGCCCUGGACACGCUCAGGCGUCUCAGGGAGGCCCUCAGCCUCAGUCUUUGUUCCACUCUGGAGGUCUUUCGGCUCCGACACCUCCUAACCUGCCACCGGGCCACAGCUCUCCCCAGGCCUCCUUCACCAUGCAGGGCUACAGCCUCCAGACCCACCAGCUGCCCCACGGCUUCGCCUCCAUCAGCCAGCUCACACAGGCUCAUGUACCAGGAGGUAUGUCCGGACCUCACCACUCCGCCGGCCACGGCCCGCCCCCCGUCAUGCUGCACUAUGCCCCGCCUCAACAGGGCGGCUCCAACCCCCAACAUGGCCCACCGCCCCAACAGGGGGCGCCACAACACUUCUACAUCGGACACCCACAAGCUGUGCAGGUUCAGGCUCACCCCACCCAGCAGCUGUCCUUCCACCCCUCGGCCAACUGAGAUGCACCUGGACAGCGUCACCCUAACAUUCCCACCUCCUGACGUCAAACUAACUGGCCCUGAUUUUUACACAGAUCUUUUAGAAAAGCAGACGGAGGACAGAAAGUCUGAUCCCUUUCUGGAGCGAAGUUUUUGGAUUUUGAGAU